AUGGCCUUCAAGUUGUUGAUGUUGUUAGGUCUGUCAACUAUGGUGUUGUCAAUUUCACGUGUCUCGGGCCAAAUAAAUGCCCCGUGCACCUCGACAAUGAUGACAACUUUCUCCCCUUGCAUCAACUUCUUGUCCAACGCCACUGGGACGACACCUCCACCCGACUGCUGCAGUUCCCUUAGAUCUCUCAUGGCAAACGGCAAAGAUUGCCUCUGCCUGCUUGCCACUGGCGCCUUUCCCUUUAGAAUUCCCGUUAACCGAACAGCAGCAAUUUCUUUGCCCUCUUCCUGCAAUAUGCCCCAAGUGCCCCUACAAUGCAGAGACACUGCGGCAAAUGGACCAUCCAUCUCUCCUGCUGCUGCUCCUUCUCCUAAUGUUCAAGAGCAAACUCCAGCAGAGCCACAAUCACCAAGCUCGACUCCAGAAGUCGAUGCAAAUCCGAGUCCGCCAGCGACAGCUGGAAGUGGGGGGCCAGCGACGAGCAACACGGGUAGCCGCGCUGGGGUUACACCAUCAGCAGCCGAGGCUUCUCAUGACUUUUCCAGUUUCCAUCUUCUGAUGGGUGUGAUGGGAGCUUUUAUUGCUUUCAACUACUAA